AUGGUUUCUUUAUACUCCCACAGAGAGUCAUCUGAUGUCGCCAAAGCCGUUGGCGCUUACAUUAUCAAGAUCCAGGAUGAGGCUGUGAGCAAAUCUGGAGUUUUCAAGGUUGCGGUCUCUGGCGGUUCUUUGGGUAAGGUUUUGAAGGCUUCGUUGAUUGACGAUGCACAGCUUUCCAAACAGGUCAAAUGGGACAAGUGGGAAGUUUUUUUCAGUGACGAAAGAAUCGUUCCUUUGGACCAUGCUGAGUCUAACUACGGUCUUUUCAAUGAGAAGGUGCUCCUGAGCUUGCCUGCUGGAUCUCCAAAGCCUAAGGUCCAUGCUAUCAAUGCUUCUUUGAUCACUGGCCAGGAUGGCCAGCUCGACGGUGCUGAUAGCAGCAAAGACGAAGCUAUUGCUGAAGAGUACGAGAAGCUCUUCGCCAAAGAUGCCCACCUUGACUUGGUUCUUUUGGGUUGCGGUCCUGACGGACACACAUGCUCCUUGUUCCCUGGCCAUGCAUUGCUCCAGGAGAAGAACAGUCUAGUGUCGUUGAUCAGAGACUCUCCAAAGCCACCACCAAGAAGAAUCACCAUCACCUUCCCUGUGUUGGCCCAGGCCAGCAACAUUGCUUUCGUCGCUGAAGGCGAGGGUAAGGCUCCAGUCAUUGACGAGAUCUUCACCAAGGCUGACUCCCAGUUGCCAUGCAAGUACGUCAACGAUCUCAGCGUCCCAGUGACCUGGUUUGUCAACGACGCUGCACUCAAGAACGCCAACGUGACCCCAUCCAAGUAUUAG